GGAGGACCUCGCUGGUGCGGGCAGGUGGAGGCGGGUGGGCGUGGCCAGAGGGGGCGUGGUCAGCGGGAGGGGCGUGGCCGGGGCUCGGGGCCGGGGUGACAGCGCGGCCGCCGCCGCCCCACCCGCAUGGAGGGCGGUGGGGAGGCGCUGCCCGCCGACCUGCGGGAGCUGGCCACCAAGGUGGGACGGCGGCCGCCCGCCGGGCUGCUGCGGGGGCUGCGGGCCGAGACCGCCCCCGCACCGCCGGCACCGCCGGCGCCCCCGGCUGCACCCGCCCGCGGCGCCCGACCGCCCCUCGCCGACCGCCUCCGGGCGCUCCGCCUCGAGCUGGCUUAUCUGCGAGCGGUCGACGUGAAGAUCCUGCAGCAGCUGGUGGUGGUGAACGAGGGCAUCGAGGCGGUGAAGUGGCUGCUGGAGGAGAGGAGCACGCUGACCAGCCGCUGCAGCAGCCUGGCCAGCAGCCAGUACAGCCUGGUGGAGAGCCAGGCGACCUCGCGGCGGGGCAGCUGGGACAGCCUGCAGGACCCCAACGACAGGCUGGACAGCAUCUCCGUCGGUAGCUACCUGGACACCUUGGCCGAUGACAUGGAUGAGUAUUCCCAAAACGCCGCUGAAACCACCGCCGUAUCCACACCGGGCAGAGCCCUGGUCAGGGCGGAGCAGGAUUGGGUCAGGAUUGACCCCGAGAGGGGUCUUGCAAAGCAAGAGAAGGGCAAAGCGGAGCACGAGUGGCCCCACGUGGACCUCUCCCCACCCGGGCUACCCCAGGAUCACCGGUUUGCUAAGGAGCCCCAGGUGGCCAACGGGUAUUUGGGCCAGCAGCCCUCCUCUCUGGAACCAGGCAGAGACACCAAAUUGCCAUCGGGGGCUGGGGAGAGGCCAGGGAAGGGGAACCCAGGUGGGAAGGCUCGGAAAGCCGAGGCUGACUUCGAGAACUGCAAACUCAACAGCAAAGUGCACCUGGAGUACGAUGCCCACUGGCGCUGGCUCCAGUCUCAGGAUGAUGUGACGUUCUUGUAGCCUGCGGCUUCACCUUCCCAGUCCAGCUCUCCCAACUGCCUGCUCUGCUUCACUUGUCUCCAUUGGGAGAGCUGGGGUGGCUGGAGCGGGGGGGACAGGUUGGCUUGGUGGUGUUGCACGGUUCCUCUGACCGCCCCCGUCACUGUUUGGUGAUGCAGCCCUAAGGGACGGGGUGCCAGCCCUGUGGCAAAUUUCUGGGAGAGGUGGGAUGGGGUGGGUCCCCGUAAAUGUAAUCCUUUGCUCUGGGGUGGUGCUUGCAGGUGGCUGGUCACUCCUCUGUUGUCCUUGGUGUUGGUGGUGGGGAAAGGUUGGUGGGGAAAGCUGGGUCAGUGGGACUCCUGGGACCUCUGCCCUCUAAUCCUCAGCCUCCCGUCUGCAAAAACUGGGCAACCGUCCCCCAAACUGGCUACCCAGAGAGGACAGGAGAUGCUCCCGUGCAUCCACAGCUCGGUGGCACCAGCAUGCUCAGUGCAAGGUGCAGGGCAGGACCAUCAUCAGGGCUUCCCUGUUGGAUGUGCUCAUUUCCAUCAUCGUCUUCAAGGCCAGUGUCCAUCCAGGGUAGAGCUGACCUGGGGCACUGUGGGUUUGGCCGCAGCACAUGGUGGAUCCUGAAAACCCCCUACCCUGUGGGUGAAGCCCUGCCUGGUUUAAACAUCUCUGUGAAGCCGAUCUGAAGUGUGAUCGUUGUAUCUGCUCCCGUUGGGCUGGGGAGCCUUCGUCUGUGCCCUGCGGAGGAAGGAUGAUGGUGCAGACUUCCCUUCCUGAUGUGAUUAUGUGAGAAGGGCAAAGCACUGGGUGGGAGAUGGAGAUCCAGUUCUCCCAGUUUCUGGACUGUCUUUCCACCUCGGGACCAGAUCCUGCAGAAACCGCGGGACGUGGCAGCGUAUGGGCAGCCUGGCAGAGCCCGUGGGGCUCAGACUCAGAAAGGCUCGUGCUUUUCCUUGACGCAGUGUGAUGGGGGUCAUGGCCGGGAUUCUCCAUCUGUGUGAUGAAUGGCGCCAGGUCUCUGCCCCCUACCAGCAACCAGAAACAUGAGGCUCCUCUGCUGGGGCGGAUUUGCAGCAACCCUGCCCUGGAGACAUCUUCUCUGUCCUUUUAGCCUUGGCUUCUGCCUGUGCCUUCUACUGUCCACCCACCAUGCCUCCCAGCACCCCCCUCACUGGCUUGUAGAGCAUGGCUUGCAGCUGGAGCUGUGCGCGAGCUUGGGCAGGACCUGCUGCCUUCGCCAGAUGAUGCAGGGGAGGACCUCAGCAUCCUGCAGCCCCCUGCUUCAAGGAGAGGGACUCUUCCACGCGCGUGGACAAACGUGGAGGGUCCUGGCUUCACAACCCAUGGGUAUGUCUGUCCCUGGCCAGGUGUUGUGACGGCUUUGCUCUCACCACAGUGCUGUCAGUCCCCUGCCUGUGUGGUUUGCAGCCUGGCUCUUUCCUUGCUGGGGUGGUGGGAAUUGGGACAAUGUCUCCUGAUGUCCAUGGGAAGCCAAGAGAGAGGGAAGACGUGGCUGUGACUCUUUCUACAUGGGAGACGUGAGCUGGCUGUGGUUAGGAAGGUGGCUGGGUGCACGAUGGGUUCAGCUUUGUGUCUCUGAAGCGGCACCUUCAGUGGAAACUACGCUCCGUGCUGAGAGCCCCAAGCAUCCUCCCUUCCCCUGCAGAUCCUCAGUGCUUCCCUGGAUGGACACGGAGAGCAGGACAACAUCCAGAAUUCCCAGAGACGGCACCUGCUGAGGACCUGGGGGAAUCCCAGCAAACUGGGACUGGAUUGCCCUACGUGAGCAUCCCAUCUCCCUGCCCCGGGGCAGCCAUGCUUGGCUUGCUGUUGCCUUGCGAGCGGCUCGUGGCAACCUGCAUAGCUCUGCCGCUGCUGCUGAGCCACCACGUCCCCCGAGGCUGGCUGUCCCCCGCAUUUCUUCUAGCCCUGCAUGUGAUGAAUCAGCUGAGGGGUCCUGGGAGGAGACAGGGUAAGUCCUCCAGCGCUGUUAAAAUCAUUCUCAACAAAAAAAUAGCUGGCUUAAUAAAUGGUAGCAUUUCUCCCAGGCCACGCUGUCGGUGCUUUGCUGAGCUUAGAGGGGUUUCUAGGGGAAGGGGAGAUGCUACGGACUGAAACAUCCUGGAGCCGCUGGCAGCUCUGCAGGCAUGGCAGAUUUAGCCCCAGUCCUAAAACAGGCACAGACCAUGUGUCUGGGCAUCUGUCCCUUCUCACACCAGGACGGUCACACCUAAAGCCAUUCUUCCUGAAGCAGCUGGGUACCAGAGCAUGUCUGCUGGGAGCAAGGGUGCUGGUAGGACUGGAUCUCCUGCAGAUGAGGCAUGUUGAGCUCAACUGAACUAGGUCUCCAGCUACAGAUGGCAGCUUCGUCCUUCCUGCCCCAAAUUUCCAGGGGAGGUCUCGCUAGGAUGUGUUUGCCAUCCCCAUUAGCCGUGUUGGGGUCUCCAUUUGCUUCCCUUGUUCUGCGUCCUCCACCCAGGACGUGCAGGGGGGAGUCUGGGUGCAGGGCAGAGACUUCUCCAGCCCAGCUCGGGGUGGGAGCAGCCACAGCUCUGAUUUCAGGCUGUUGGGAUUUGCUCCUGGGUGGGUCCCUUUAAAACCACUGGAGCCACUGCUCAUGCAAACAUCAGCCUUUCCAAAGCAAACGCAAGCGGCUUAUCCAGCCCUGCCAUCCCGGCCUCAGCAUCCGCUCAGGCUCCUGGCUUUCAAACCCUGAGCUCUUGCAGAUGGAGCAGUGGAUGCUGGAGCCAGCAGGACUCGGCAGGAUUUCCCCGUUUUCUGCGGGGCUGGGGUAAAAAAUAAAGUGAACAAAACCUUAGAAACAAAAUGCCCAGCCCAUUCCCCUUCCAAACCCAGACCCUGGUGGCCGGACGGCUCAGUAUCCCUGCAAAUAAGCCUUUGCUGGGGCUCCCCUGGGUGUGGACUCUUCAGCCUAACUUCCAGGAGCAUAAGUUGUCCAUAGUCCCAAAAUCUGGGUAUCCUCCAAAUCCCAGCCCUUGGAGCUGGAGGGGUGGGUGAGACACCACAGUUUUCCUGCCAUCCUCUGCCCUGUCUCUGGGCUGCCCAGAUAAGGAGUCACCCAUGUCUGGGCUUUACCGGGGUCUGUGCAGCACCAACGUGUCCCACACCUGCCCUGGGGACCUCCGUCCUGCUGAAAGGUGGGUGCAGAGCACCCAUGGGUGGGAAAGAGCCCGCAGUGCGGACCUGCAACCUCUCCGCUCGCCGCCGCCUGGGAGGAGCCGUCUGCCUGGCGCUGCCUGCUGCUGCCCUUGGGCUGUUCUUGGGCUGUUCCGUGCUGGUAUCGGGUAAGAAAAC